UCCGUAUGUGUUACAGCAAAACGAUCGCAGCUCUCCCGCUGCCAACGGUAAAUGCUACAGGCUCCUCCGCCCCGACAGGCUCCAUGCAUAGCGCCGCCGCCCCGACAGGCUCCUCCGCCACCUGCGCCGCUCCGCUCUAACGGCAUCUGUUUGCCCCGCGUGAGAUGAGAGCGUCAUGGCUGUGGCCGCCGCCGACGUCCGCGGCAGCAUCCAGCUCCUCCGCUCCUGCGGCCCCGCGGCCGGCCGGCAGCUGCACAGCGCGCUCCUCAAGUCCGGCCACGUCCCCUCCUCGCUCGCUCCCACCAACGCGCUCCUCCUCAUGUACGCCCGCUGCGCCUCCUCCUCCUCCCCGCUCCACCGCCGCGACGCCCCGCGCCUGUUCGACGAAAUGCCCGCCAGGAACUGCUUCUCCUACAACUCCCUCCUCACCGCCUGCCUCAACUCCCGGGACCACCGCGCCGCGCUGGCUCUCUUCCGGUCCAUGCCCGAGAGGAACGCCUUCACCUGGAACACGGUGAUCGCCGGGAUGGCCUCUGCGGGCGACCUGGACACGGCCCGGGCGCUGCUCCACGAGAUGCCCGUCAAGGACCCCGUGGCGUGCAACACGGUGCUGCAUAGGUACGUCCGGUGCGGGCGCGUCGACGAGGCGUUUGCUUUGGUCAGGGCGAUCGGUUCGGGUAACGGCAGCGUGCCGGCACCUUCCUCGUCCUCGCCGUGCAAUGAUCCCUUUGUGCUUGCCACGGUUGUUGGCGCUUGUGCUGACCGGACGAGGUACGAUUUCGGGACGCAGGCGCAUGCUCGGAUGGUGGUUGCCAAGACUGAGCUGGACUCGGUGUUGAGCUGCGCGUUGGUUGACAUGUACUGCAAGUGUGGGGAUUUGGACUCUGCUCGCCGUGCCUUCGAUGGUUUAGCGCAGGCUGACGAGUUCUCGGUUUCUGCCCUGGUCUAUGGCUAUGCUUCGCGUGGGCAGCUAGACGAGGCGUUACGUCUACUUGGCAGGGAGGAGGGGAACCUCAACAUUCUUCUGUGGAAUUCUAUUGUCAGUGGCUGUGCGUUUGCCUGCCUUGGAGACGAUGCGUUUGUUCUUUUUGCAAGGAUGAUGCGGUCAGACGUGUUGCCUGAUUCUGCAACUUAUGCCAGCGUUCUGAAUGUCUGUGGUUUUUCGGGCAUGCUCAAGCCUGGGCAGCAGAUGCACGGGUGUGGUCUGAAGAGCGGGGCCAUCAGUGACAUGAUUGCAGCAAGCGCUCUCAUUGACUUCUACUCAAAAUGCAGCCUCUGGGAGGAUGCCUGCCGAGCUUUCAGCGAGCUUAGGUUCCAUGACACCGUUGUGCUCAAUUCAAUGAUCACUGUGUACUCAAACUGUGGGCGGAUAGAAGAGGCCAAAAGAGUUUUUCAUAGGAUCACUAGCAAGAGUGUCAUCUCCUGGAAUUCGAUGGUUGUUGGGUUGAGCCAGAACGGGCAUGCUAUUGAUGCCUUGGAGUUAUUCUGUGAGAUGCAUCACCUCGGCGUGCGACUCGAUAAGGUUGCUUUAGCCAGUGCUCUGAGUGCAUCAAGCAACAUUUGCUCUAUAAGCUUUGGGGAGCAGAUCUUUUCUCUUGCCACUGUUCUUGGCCUGCAGUCUGACCAUGUUGUAGCCUCUUCGCUCAUUGAUCUGUACUGCAAAUGCGGCAACUUGGCCAAUGGGUGCAAGAUCUUCGACGGAAUAGAUAAGUCCGACGAAGUCCUGUGGAACUCAAUGCUGAUUGGUUAUGCUUCCAAUGGUCACGGACAUAAGGCGCUGGAACUCUUGGAGCUGAUGAGAGCCAGGGGUAUCAGACCAACCGAACGGACAUUCGUCGGUGUCCUUUCCGCGUGCUGCCAUUCAGGACUCGUGGAAGAAGGACUGACAUGGUUUAAGCAAAUGCAGGAAGAUUUCUAUGUAAAGCCAUCAGCUGAACAUUACGCCUGUGUGACUGACCUGUUGGUCCGUGCAGGUCGGCUGGAUGAAGCCUUCGAGUUCAUAGAAAACAUGCCCUUUACAGCCGAUACAGUAAGUUGGACUACGGUUGUCGGUGGGUGCAAAGCUCAGGGCAAUGAAGCUCUGAUGCAGAAAAUGGCAAAGAGGCUGAAGGAGAUGGAGCAGUCAGGAUCGUCGCCGCAUUCCAGUCUGUAUGUGCAGCUGUCCAGCGUGCUUGCUGCGCAAGGGGAUUGGGCCAAGUCAGCAGAAAUGAGGGGCACGAUGCGCGAGAGGAAAAUCGCAAAGAAUCCUGGUUACAGUUGGAUCGACAGCUAGAAAUCAGGCAUCAUUCAGUUGCUGUGUGGACAAAACCACAGGAGUUUGUUUCUGCAUUUGCCCCAGGGAAAUUGUUUUUUCCACCAGAAAUUAAACAUCUCUGUUAAACAGAUGAACAAGGAAAAACAAAAAUUGCCGCACGAGAAAAAUAAAGAAGGUGCUACUCGCAGGAAUGCUUCAGUUCUCCUCCUAUGCUAUGAUCUGCACAGAUGUGCUGUAUGCCACCAUUUCUGCUGCACCUUGUCUGAAAUUGCCCAGGAGCUUCUGUUCUUUUAUUCGCUCAAGAAGAAGAUGAUAAUGCAGGGGAUGCGAUGCGAUGAUCAUGAUACUCGUGGGGAAUUAUUCAUUUAUUUAUUUUCGAAUUUUUGUGUUGCUAGUUCAAUCCUGGAUGGAUGAUAUAGAGUGGAGAGAGGCUCCUCUUUGUAGUAUCAGACAACUGUCAAUGCCAAAAAUGCAAAUCAGUAAUACUCCAUGGCACUCAUGUAGGCUUAUGUUAUCCAACGGAGCGUGACAAUAA